CCUGCCCGCCGAGCGCGCGCGGGUACCUCUCGGUGUCUCGGCGCCGCACACUCACCGGAGCUCUCGCCACGGCCGUCGCCUGGGCCGCGGCUCGCCAGCCCCGCGGCUCAGCCUCCGUCCCUCGGCGCUGCGUCCCAGCCCUUCUCCCUCUCCCUUUCCUUUCCGCCCUUCCCUCCCUGCGGCUGUGCGGAGAGAGUCUGGCUACGAAGCAGGCGGGCUUGAGACGGGGCUUGGAAAAUGGAGGUGCCGCGCCUGGAUCAUGCCCUCAACAGCCCCACCAGCCCCUGUGAAGAGGUGAUCAAAAACCUCAGCCUGGAGGCCAUUCAGCUGUGCGACCGGGACGGGAACAAAUCACAAGACAGUGGCAUAGCAGAGAUGGAAGAACUUCCUGUACCACAUAAUAUCAAAAUAAGCAACAUUACAUGUGAUUCUUUUAAGAUUUCAUGGGAAAUGGAUUCAAAGUCAAAGGACCGUAUUACACACUAUUUCAUUGACCUCAACAAGAAAGAGAACAAGAACUCCAAUAAAUUUAAACACAAGGAUGUCCCAACAAAAUUGGUGGCAAAAGCUGUACCCUUGCCAAUGACUGUUCGUGGACACUGGUUUUUGAGCCCAAGAACUGAGUAUACAGUAGCAGUGCAGACUGCUUCAAAACAAGUUGAUAGUGAUUAUGUUGUAUCAGAAUGGAGUGAAAUUAUAGAAUUCUGCACAGCAGAUUAUUCAAAAGUCCAUCUAACACAACUGUUGGAGAAGGCUGAAGUGAUUGCAGGUCGUAUGCUUAAAUUUUCUGUUUUUUAUCGUAACCAGCACAAAGAAUAUUUUGAUUAUAUUGGAGAACAUCAUGGGAAUGCUAUGCAGCCCUCUGUCAAGGAUAAUAGUGGUAGCCAUGGCUCUCCUAUCAGUGGAAAAUUAGAAGGCAUCUUCUUCAGCUGCAGCACUGAAUUCAAUACUGGGAAGCCACCCCAGGAUUCACCUUAUGGAAGAUACAGGUUUGAGAUUGCAGCAGAAAAACUUUUUAACCCCAAUACUAACUUAUACUUUGGGGACUUCUACUGUAUGUACACUGCUUAUCAUUAUGUGAUUCUUGUUAUUGCUCCUGUGGGAUCACCAGGAGAUGAAUUUUGUAAGCAGCGCCUUCCUCAGCUAAAUUCCAAGGAUAAUAAAUUUCUGACCUGUACAGAAGAAGAUGGGGUGCUGGUUUACCAUCAUGCCCAGGAUGUCAUUUUAGAAGUCAUUUACACUGACCCUGUGGAUCUUUCUCUGGGCACCGUGGCAGAAAUCACUGGUCAUCAACUCAUGAGCUUGUCUACUGCAAAUGCAAAGAAAGAUCCCAGCUGCAAAACCUGUAAUAUCAGUGUUGGACGUUAAUGCCCAUUUUUCUUAUUCUUAGUCCCUUUUCUUCCCUUACGAGGAUUGAUUCUAUGUUGUCUAUUUUCAUCACCAGAUGUUUUCCACUGAAGCAUGCACAUGCCGCUAUCACCAAAACCAAACUGCCACUUUUCAAAUUUCAUUCAGAGCCGUUUAAGUGUCUCCUAUUCCUUACCCUUCCCACCUAUUUUCAAUGAUAAAAUACUGUUCUCCUUCUGACACUUUAUUGCCUAGAUGCUGCAAUGUUUUAUUUUUCCUUUAUGCCAAACAUAACAAAACAAUGAUAUAAACUGCUUUAGCAAAAGACAAAAUAACGGCUUAUAAAUGAUGUUUAAAUAUGCAUUCAUUUUAAUCUACUGAACAAAUAUUGGGAUAACUCCAAAUCGCAUGAAAGGGUGUAAUUGCAGCAUGAGUUAAAUCUUGAAGCCUAGAAUUGUCAGCACUUCCAACUUGUUGUUUGACAGUGUUAUUUAUGUUAUUUAUAUUAGCUAACAGGAAACAACUACUGUGUUCCAACAUAAUAAAUACAAUAGAAAAAUAUUUUAUUUGUAUUGUUGUAUAAAAUAUUUACAGUCAUAUAGAAUAUAUAGUUACAUUUUAAUAGCAAUUGUAUACAUGUCACGAAACCAUUUUCCUUAUCAAAGAUGUAGUUUGUAAACCUCAAAUAGCUGUGUAUCUGUCCUGUUACAAGUAGAUGACUUCAAUUAAACAAAUAUAUGAAGGAUAUUAUUCUGAUUCAUAAAAGUUAUAAAAUAUCAGGUAAAUACAGAGAAAACAAUAAGCCUCUGAAAUAGUCCACAUCUGAAAUAGUCAGUAUUCUUUCUAUCCAAAUUAUACGAAAAUGUGAAUUCUUCAACAUCAUGCUUAAACAUUACAAAAAAUAGAAAUACAAACAUGGUUGGUACAAGAGAGAAAAUGUCAACCUUAUUUUUACAAAAGCAAAAUUAAUAACAUGUGUUUUAGUACAAAAUAAGACAAAACAAUAUUCACUAAAAUUGAUGAAGCAAAUAAAAUAUGCUGGCCUCUUUUCUAAGUAUCAUGGCAAACAAUCUUCAAACCUUUCAUUUUGACACAGAAGGAAGAAUAACUACAGCUCAUGAGAAAGCUUUUUGACUUUACAAAGUAUAGACCUUGGAACAUUAAGAAAAACAUGUAUUCCCAAUGGAAAAAUAGUUAUAUAAUCUUAGUUUUAAUAAACAAAAAAUUUAGCAAUCAUAACUCUGGUCACAUUAGAUUAUAUACUACAGACAUGUAUCUAUCCAAAAUACCUAUUUUCAAAUUUUAAUACAAUAUUUUAAUAUAAACAUCUGUCAAUUUUAGACAAAGAUAAUUCACAAAGUACAUGCUAUCAGAAUGAACUUUGGUAAUCAGAAAUGUAAAAUUUCAAAUAACAUAAAACAAUGUGCUGUUUUUAUAUAGAAAUAAAAAAUUAGCGGGGACACAUUCUAGUAUAUUUUAGGGUAUUGAAAGCCUAGCAGACUUAAGGGACAAGGUAAGUUUUUUUUUAAUCACUUAAAAAUCUAGUAGAAGUUUCAAAUAAAUUAUGUUCUUGCUAGCUGCAUCCUUUUCUACAUAAAAAUGCAGUUUCUUUUUCUCCUCUAACUGAAUUUUUAAAAUCAUGCCCUUUUCCUUACAUCAAUUUAAGCAAUCUUUGGACACUAAACAGACUUCCCUAACA